AUGGAUUCAUAUGAUGGUUUUACUUCACCUGGAAGGGGUCGCGGAGGAGAUGCUUACCGUCGUCGUUCACCAGGUGUCUCACAGGACCGACGACGAGGUGGCGCAGGUCGUGGUCGAUCGCGGUCGCCCCCUGCAAUUGAUAGAUAUGAACCGGGAGAUCGUAACCGUGCUUCCAGAGACGAGUAUUAUACGCCAACUCGCGACUAUGCGUCUCGCGAACGCGAUGAUCGUCGGCGCGGUCCUUCUCCCGCUAUAAUUGAUCGGUACGUCCCGGGACAAGACUCGGGCAAACGGAUCAUCCCGACAAAUCCUCUCCCAAAUCCCAUGUCCCUUGACAUACAAGUUGGAUAUACGUGGUUUGCCGAGUGGUGGAGAGCAGAGCAGAAUGUCAAGGAGGAGAAGGAACGCGCAAAACACGGAGGUCGACACCCUGCAGACCGUGUAAAAGGCGAAAAGGAAGCUCGCGAAGAUCGAGACAAGGAAAAGAAUUUGAUUCAAACUGCUUAUGAUAAUUAUAAGGCAGAAUUGCAGGUGAAGAUGUCUCGUACCUUUGUGAAGCAGCACCGCAGUGAGGAGUGGUUCAAAGAGAGAUACGUUUCGGAGGUGCGCGACCCCUUGCGACGGCAUCUGAUGGACUUUCGACGCGGUGUUUACGAUCAAUGGGAACGCGAUGUUGAUUCUGGCUAUUUUGAUGAGUUUACAUUGGAGGGAAUCUACAAAAGCGAGAGUGAUGGUGCGGGCGGUGUUAUUGAGAAAGAGGAAGGUGAAGCGACCGCAGUCGGGGAGACUCUUAGCGUUCUUGAUCUCUUGCCAGCACGAGGUGCGGAACUACGUGACGAAGCCUUGUCGCAGCCUGCAUUACUCAUCAAAACUUUGGCGCCGAACGUGAGUCGAGUUAAGAUUGAGGAAUUCUGUAAAGAGCAUUUGGGCGAGCAAGAUGGCGGUUUCAGAUGGCUUAGCUUGAGUGAUCCUAAUCCGUCCAAGAAAUUUCAUCGUAUGGGUUGGAUCAUCUUGCAUCCUCCCCUACGUGAAUCUGCUCUUGUUGAGAGGGGAGAUGGCCGUGACGAGGAGGGCGAAGAGAAGGAUACGGAGACUGCAGCCAAUGGAUCCCAUUCGAUGUCGACAGCGGAGAAAGCCCUGGAAGCGAUCAAUGAUAAGACUAUCCAUGAUGCUGUCAAUGGAGACUUUGUUUGUCAUGUCGGUGUGCAUGUUCCGCCCUCUCAGCCGCGGAAAAAGGCGCUGUGGGAUCUGUUCUCUGCACCCGAACGUAUCGAACGAGAUCUUGAACUUGCACGUCGUCUUAUUGGCAAGCUGGAUUCAGAGAUGGGCCAAGUUGAUGGAUGUGCCAAGAUUGAGGCACGGGUGGAGGAUCUUCGCUCAAGAGGCUUCUUACAACCGACCGCUUCUACCUCGGAUAGCGCGAAGACAAAGAAUGGAGUUGACAUGGAUGUCGAUGAAGGGGAGGCUGAAGAAGGCGAGGAGGUGGAAGCUUUGGAUGAGGGCGAAGCAGAUAACGAGGACUUCCUGGCGAAGAAAAAGACGAUGGAUUUGAUGGUUGAAUACCUGCGUCGGGUCUAUAAUUUCUGUUUCUUCUGCGUCUUCGAAAGCGAUUCUGUUCAUGAAUUGGUUCGCAAGUGCCCUGGUGGCCAUCUGCGCCGACCCAGGUCUGGACUCAGCAACCAAGCCAAGCACGUUGCCAAGGCUAGUGCUAUGGGCCAACCAUUUCCCAUUAGAAAGAAAGAGCCCAGCGAGGACGGUGAGGAGGUUCCAACGGUAGACGAAAAGCGGUCUUCAAAGCUUUCCAAAGCAGAACAACAGCUACAGCGUGCCUUUAACUGGGUUAAGACUUUUGAGGAUAAGCUGCUCCAAAUACUAGAACCUGAGAACGUCGAUCUUUCGAAGCUUGGAGGGAAGCCUAUUGAGGAAGCUUUGGAGGAGGAGCUGUCCAAGCAUGUCAAGCAGGAAGACGAAUUCAAAUUUCGAUGCAAAGUCCCGGAUUGUGCGAAGCUAUUCAAGGCGGAGCAUUUCUGGCGCAAGCAUGUGGAAAAGCGUCAUGAGGAGUGGUACCACAACAUCAAGAAUGAUCUUGUGCUGGUCAAUGAAUACGUCCUGGAUCCUGCCCACAUCGCACCUUCGCGAACUGAUGCCAACAGCAACGGCCAUUUCCCACUCCCCGGCAACCACAUGCAAGCCGGCACGCCGCGUGGCUUUAACCUCGCGAACAUGCCGUAUUUCAACGGCGUUUCCAAUGCUUUCUCGGGCCUCCAUGGCGGUAGCAACUUCCCUGGAUUCAUGGGCGUCAAUUCACCAGGUUUCAACAGUCUUGUAGCCGGCGACGGAACCAUGAUGUCUUCCCACAACCAGCCAGGCGCUAUGCGCCGCAGCGGAGGACGGUAUAGCAACCGAUCUGGCCCCUAUGAUCGCCGUGGUGGUAAUCACCGAGCCGGACACAAUGCCAGUAAUGCUUCCAACCAGGGUCGUCUUAGCCCCGUGCGCGGUAUGUCAGGCAUGUUCGGUCCCGGCGGUCGUUUACCUGGCGGCGGUGGUGGAAUACCUUAUGUCCCACCCGGUCAUCCUGCAGCAGCAAUGCUCCCGCCCGGCGCUGUCUCUGCUGGUGCAAGCGGAGGAGGCGGGGCCGGAGCAGGCAGUGCCCUGGAUGCGGGCGGCGGUCAACAAGCGAUGAUGGGUCCACGCGAAGCAGUGCAAGGACGCAGUUUGAAGAGCUAUGAGGAUUUGGAUGCUGUUGGGGGAUCAGGAGGUGGAGAAUUGAACUAUUAG